CCGUGGCUUUGCGUGGACGCGCUCCCUGUCGCCGCAUGUGGCCUUUGAACCCAUUGUUGUGUCGCGGGUGACGUCACCACCGUGUGCGGGAGACGGAGCAGCGUGCGCCUGGCGAGACAAAGGCGGUGGAGCGAGUGGGGUCAGGCAGCAGCAAGGAGCCAAGCAGUAUCCCACUUUGUUGGAGAGUUCAUAACAGCUAACCGCCACUCUCGGAUUCGAGCCAGCCUUUCCAGGCGACACGCACCACGAAGACCCACUCAGGAAUAUGAGACAAGACGGCGUCCUCUUUAACGUUUUUUGAAACGUUUCUCUUUUACGCCCCCCUAGUUUUAGCCUGCUAAGCGGCUAACGCUCUAGCUCUGAAAAGGCUGCGCUCCUCCUCCUCCUCCUCUUCUUCUUCCCUCUUACUUCUCAUCUUUCCCGCAACAACUUGGCGACAAGCGAAGGGAGUCGACAAAGUCGGGAUAAAAAGUGUGUGAGCUCACUCAACAAGCAGGCAUCCGUGAUCUGAUGUGAGAUCCACGGAGAGACUAUGCCUAGCCCUUUAUUCCAUCCCGAGAUUAUGGACCACGACGUGGUGAUCAGCAGCCAGCACAACGGGGUUGGCCUGCCCCGAGAAACAGACCAAGAAUCCCGAGAUGAGGAUCACCAAGAGGUUCUCCGCUUUGCCCUGGACCAGCUGUCACUCAUGGCCCUGGAGAAGGUGGACUGCGUGGGCGGAGGAGGUGGUGGUCUGGUCGACACCAUGGAUGGGACUCAGGCUCCCAGCUCCGAGAGCUGCAACGGCGGUGGUGGUUAUGUGGAUCUACAGAUGCUCGACCACCCCAGCGGGUCUCGGGACUCCCCGACGUCUUGCUCCCCGUCCCCGGAGUACUACGGCUCGGGCGGCUACCACAUGUCCGGCUCGCACUCCGUGCUCCACGGGGAGCAAGGCUCCGUCCUCUGCAGCAGGAAGAGAAGCGUCAACAUGACCGAGUGUGUGCCUGUGCCGAGCUCAGAACAUGUGGCUGAGAUCGUGGGGAGACAAGGUUGUAAGAUCAAGGCGUUGCGUGCCAAGACAAACACCUACAUCAAGACCCCAGUCAGGGGUGAAGAUCCAGUGUUCAUUGUGACUGGGCGCAGGGAGGAUGUGGAGAUGGCCAAACGUGAGAUCGUCUCAGCGGCCGAGCAUUUCUCUAUGAUCCGAGCGUCCCGAUGCAAAGCUGGAGGACCGGGAGGAGGAGGAGGAGGCUCACUUCCUGGACCGCCGCACCUCCCAGGACAAACAACCAUUCAGGUGAGGGUGCCGUACAGAGUGGUGGGCUUAGUUGUGGGACCAAAAGGAGCCACCAUCAAGCGCAUACAGCAGCAGACGCACACUUACAUUGUGACACCAAGUCGAGAGAAGGACCCUGUGUUCGAGGUGACCGGCAUGCCUGAGAACGUGGACCGUGCCAGGGAGGAGAUUGAGACCCACAUCACACUGCGAACAGGAACCUUUGUGGACCUCCAGGGAGACAACGACUUCCACACCAAUGGCACAGACGUCAGCCUCGAAGGCCUGGGCUCCCUCAGCGCAGGCCUGGGGGCAUCCCUGUGGUCCCGGGCCUCCAACCACCAUUCUGCACCGCCACCCCCUCCGCCCUCUUCACCACCCACCCUCCCCAUGUCCAUGAACCACUCCUCUGGUCGCAAGAUGUCCUCCUCUGUGGCCUAUCAAACGCACAAUGGCGGCACAAUUAGCUCAGACAACUUCAGUGGUGGACGCAAAGCCAACGAGGGAGGAAGCCCCACCAGUCCGUUCAGCACAGGCUCCAGUAGCGCCGGAGGAGGGUUCACUUUCGGGGGCGACUCCACCCCAGGGCUCCCCACUUCAGAAGAACUUGGCUUUGAAUUCAGCGCUUCCAACAUCUGGGCGCCUUUCGUCAAUGGUGGCGGUGGUGGCAACAAGGCGGGCGGCUCCUCACAGCAGCAUCAGCAGCCUCUACGUCGUAACAGCAGCGGCCUCAGCGGCGGCGCCAUGACUCCACGAUUGUCCCCAACGCUGCCUCAGGACACAGGCCCCCUGGAUCACCCAUUAGCCCGCCGCGCCCAAAGCGACCCCUUGAGCACGCUCUCCUGGCUCCAGUCCGGCAGCGCUGCAGGUGGCUCCUUCUCUGGAGGCUCAAGCUCCAGCUCUGGUGGCUCCUCCACCGGCUACUCCUCCUGCUCGGCCUCCUCGCUGCCUGGCGGCUCGCCCACUGACUCAGAGGGUGGCGGCAGCAGCGUAGGCCUCAGCUCUGGGAUGCUGAGUCGGCUGAAAGGCAGCUCCGGCCCCGGGGUGGCGGGGCUAGUCGGUGUCAACAGGGACUGCUUUGUGUGUUUCGAGAGCGAGGUGACCGCCGCCUUAGUGCCCUGCGGCCAUAACCUCUUCUGCAUGGAGUGUGCCGGCCAGAUCUGCCAGUCUGCUGAGCCUGAGUGCCCUGUGUGCCACACCCCCACCACACAGUGCAUCCGCAUCUUCUCUUAAUGGCUGCAGGAGUGUUGGGAGGGUAAAGCGUUGCUGAUGAAGAUGGGUCACACUAAUAACCUUGAAACACACAAUGGACCAUAAUAAUAAUAAUAAUAAUAAUGACGAUAAUGCAUUACUAAAGACUGAUGCCGAUGAAUAAUAAUAAUAAUAAUAAUAAUGCUAAGGAUUUCUUCAGAGAGUGGUCUUCAAACUUGUGUCUUAUCUCUCUUCAGGCCUUCAUUUUGGACCCUCUCAUGUCUUCAUUCAGGCUUCUUCUCUCUCAGCCUUUUUUUUGGGACACUUUUUGUACUUAGCAGAUAUUUUUCGACAAAGCUGUCAAACGAGGCCUGCACUUUUCUACUUGUCUCUUUAUGUGCUGUGCAAACUCCCAAUAACCCACCCCCCACCCAUGGCGCUGUUCUUUACGACACAAAUCUGAUUGUUUGGUUGCGACCACUCGGACUGAUAAGACCACCCCCUUUUUAGACGUUCAGUGAGCACAGUUCAGUCUGCUGCAUGGAGCCCAGUUGCAUAGAUUCAUCUUCAUUCACUGAGGAGAAACACCUCUGAGGUGUGGACACUCAGGCUGAUGACAAUCCCUUUCCAUCUCUGUGCGCAUGUGUGUGCGCGCUUGCCAUGCUCUUGUGCACACCAUUGUGUGUCGUUACUGCCUGCUCUCCUUCACCUCCCCCACGGCGCUCUUAAAGGAAGGCGGUGGUCUAUCCACACGCCCCUCCCUCCUCCCCAGUGCGCCCACAUCCUGUCUGUUACACUCCCAUGGGCUCCUGACUGUGGAGGCAUGUGGCCAGUUGCAAGGUUCAAAUGGCGGUUCUGUGAUGUCACAGGCGAAUGUUUGCUCCAACAUGGUGAUCUUGUUUAAGAACUUCCAUUCAAUAAUUUAGCGGGGCGGGGUUCCAUUGAACCCCCCCUCCCAACGCCCGAAUGUGAGAAAAGCAACAACCCUUUUUUAAAAUUUGUUUUUAUUUUGGUCUUCCACCCUGUCACAGCAAAGCUGUGCGGCACGCUGUGCAUCCAUAUAGCGGCGUGCUCCUCGCCAUAUGUAGUGCACUAUACGGACGCUUGGUUCGUCCUCUUGUUUUCUCUUUUAGACCCAGUGUGAGUUUGCAGUAACUGCCUCCUUUUUAUAGUGUUAGUGUCUUUGUAUGUGGGUGACGUGGUGCCGCGGGAGCAUGCUGGGAAUGUGCUCAUAGAAUGAGACAAGCCAUGACAAACUCAAUUAGAAUGACAUCCAAUUCUUUAAGGGCUUUCUCUCAGUGCACAGAUGUUUUGGUUUUUUAAUGUCCAAGCUCACACAGUAGGAAGAGUUCUCCUUUAUGGCAGCUAGUGGCAAGGUCAUCCAGGGCUUCCACACACACACACACACACACACACACACACACACUUUGUGCUCCAAUGUUUUGCCUGUUGUUCGUCUUGGAAUGAGUUGUCACCUGAUGUUGCUCAGGGUGUGACCUGCGACUCAAUGAAGGCAGAAACCAUAACAAAGCCACACGGACGAAGGCGCUGUCUGACUGGUGGUGGUGGCGGCUCGGUGUGCGCGGAGGAGGUGUGUGUCUGUGUGCGCUUAGACCACCUUAAUGCCCCUCUUAAAUGGAAAUUUAAGAAAAGGUUGUGUUGUUGUCCAGAUGAUCCGGCAUGGAGUCUGGUGUUAUUUGUGGCCAAUGAGAAUGUUCGGCUUCAUGUACAGUAGUUUCAUUCAAAAAAAAAAAAAAGGUACAGGCUUUUUCAGAUUGACUGCUGAUUUUUUUUAGCCAAUGUAUUUUUUAGCCAAUUUUUUUUAGCCAAAUGUAUCCCCAUCCCCCAUUUCCUUCCUAAAGGUUUGAAAACAGGGUUUCCCGAGGCAUGCUAGCCAGUGACCUCUGACCGUCUUCUUUUUUGUGAUUAGAGGGGGGGAUGCAAAGAGCCUCGCCAAUUGGGGGGGGGGCAGACUCCACUCAAGCCUCCGCUCCCGUUUUGUUUUUGCUUUAAUUCUCUUUGUACGCUGAACCAAAAUGUAAACGUCAGCAAAGCAGGUGUGAGGCCUGACCUGUGUGUAAAUAUCCUCAACAAACAAUCAUUGGCAUCUUGUUUUCACAAGCAAAAGGACUUCAUUGAAAAUAAGUGUAGUUUGUCAUUAUUUGUAAGUUAACCAUCUGCAUGUCUUCAAGCCACCUGGCGUUAGCUAAUUUUUAAGAUUUAAAGAGAAAAAAAAACAAAAAACUUUUUACACAUUUUUAUUUUUUACAAUUUAUUUGGUUACCUAAAUAUCCCAGACAAUAAUGUGACCCUUUUUAUUACUUCAAAUUUAUUUUUUAUUUUCCAUUUUUUAUUUUUCAUUAUUUCCUGUGUACUACAUAUAGGCAAUUUAUAACAAAAUGAGAAAAAUUAUUGAAGAAAAUUUUAAAAUUGAAAUAUAUUUUAUUUGAAAGUUUUAUGGACCUUUUAACCAGACGCCAGGAAAAAUUAUAUAAUCAUAUAAUUUGAGCUGGUUUGACGGUUAUGAGAAAUGUAUCAAGAGUUUUAUUUUUUAUGCUUCUUUAAUAAAGUCUUUGUUUUUGGUUUCAUUUUUUACUGUAAAAUGAUAAA